CAUCCACGGCCGUGGGUUCAAUUCCCACAACUGAAAAAUAUUUGUGUGUUGAACAUGGGUGUUUUCCAGUGUCUGUGUGUAUUUAUACAUUAUAUAAGUAUUUAUAUGUAGUAUAUAAUUGUAUAUUAAUAUUAUAAUAUCAACUAUCUUAGCACCCAUAACACAAGCUACUCUGUAUGCUUACUUUGGGGCUAGAUAGUUAUGUCUGGACAACAGGCAGGUCUGGCGCUUGCCCAUGCAGUAGGUCUGGCACCCGUGAGCUUCACUCGCGGAUGCAGAAUCGCUGAGUCUGCGUAGAGUUCCCAGAACAGGCCACCUGCACAUACCGUGCGUGGGAACGCAAGCCGAGCGGCCAGUCCACACAUCGACUCGAUAGUAAUAAGUCUAGUACUAAGUUAAUAUUAAGCUUCAAUUGUGGAAGCACUAUUUUUAAUUAAAGCCUCUAUAGAAGAAAGCUCUUUAAUUAACAUCACGCUCCUCCAAAUUUGACUGGCGCAGCCGGUGCAGAUUUUCGUAAACGCCGUGCAAAGUCCCAAAAUCGACGCUUGUGCGAGGCCGGCGAAAGUCUGACGAACCAAAAAAAAUACGUCAAAGAAGAGAGAAGACUAGAAACCUGCUUAACGGGGAGGAUGACGGCGUAUAAGGGGUUCGCCCUUCUGCUCAUUCAAGCCAUCACGAUCCAGGGCCUAAUCCAGAGGAUCGAGCAUAACCCCGGUAUUCUACCUGUAAAAGAAGGUCAAGCGUAUAUUACAUAUGACAAUUGGUCAUAUAUUAAGAUUUUAGAUUUAGGUUUACUGAAGGAAGAUUUAGAUUAUAAUGUUAGGAUGUAUGAGCACUUGAAUAUAAAUUUAUUAAAAUACUUUGGUAAUGAAACACACUUUAGUGAUAUAAGUAAUGUUAAAACGCAAACUGAUCAUUUUUUGAAUAUUACUGUAGAAAAAUGUAGACAGCUAAUUCCAAUAAGUAGAACUAAACGCGGCAUUCUAAAUCCAUUAGGUUCACUAAUCAAAAUUAUUACUGGGAAUUUAGAUAAUAGCGAUGCUAUGAGGUAUGAUGAGUUAAUAACUACUUUUAAAACGCGACAGGAAAAGUUAUCAAGAAAAAUGACUAUAGUUUCUGAGAUGGUAGAGUCCUUCGUAAAUAUGACGGGAAUUUCAAAGAAUAAUUUAAUACAGCUAGAUAAAGAAAUUUCUGACAUUAAACUAUGGAUUGAUAAUACAAAACGAGUUUUAAGCAGUACUAGAUUAAUUCAUACUUUUCACUUAUUCUUGCAUAACUUUCAAACGAUCUAUAUUAAAAUAGACGAAAUUGAAACGGCUAUAGCAUUUAGUAAGUUGAAAACCUUACACCAGUCAGUAAUCAAUACAGACGAAUUAUAUAAUUUGUUAUCUGAUAUUGCAAAAACUGACCAGCUUGUAUAUCCUGUAAAUUUAGAGAACCUCUUAAAAAUUGAGCAAUCUAUUGAACUAAAAGCAUAUUCAAAGAACAAUCAGGUAACGUUUAUUUUAGAUAUUCCUCUUGUAAAAAAAUACUUAUUUAACUAUUUUCGAAUGAUACCUCUACCUGUCACCAAUCCAUUUAACCAAACCUCUCUUAUAAUACCCAAAGCUCCUUACCUAUUAGUGAAAGGUUCGAAAACCGUACCGCUCAGCAAACCCUGCAAAGAAAUUGAGAAAUUCGCAUUCUUAUGCCACGAUAUAGACACGGAAUCUGUAAUAAAAGAUACCUGCCUAGAAGAUCUGAUGUUACUUUCACAAAAUAUCAGCUCGUGUGAUCCAGUCCUGGUGGAGACAUCUGGAGUAAAAGUAGAAUCAAUUCAAUAUAACCAAUGGAUUAUAUAUAGCAAAUUCGAAACACUUCUCCUGAAAAUCUGUAGUACGAAAGAAACCCGUGAACGCAUAAAAGGGACCUACAUACUUACCAUAGAUGAAAACUGCAGUUUUAAAAUAAAUGGAUUGACACUGAAAAGACAUGAAACAGUAGGCAGACCGGUGAACUAUUCAAGAAUCCCAACUAUGCACUUUCCUACAAUACUUAAAGCAGAUGAACUACCUAAAAGGAAACUUAUGAAUCUGGAUGGCGUUAAUCUUCAACAUCUCCAGCAAUUAGCUUACCGUCUAGAACAAAGUGACAGUGAAGUGUUUGCCCAAAGUGAAACGUCAUAUAGCGGUAUAAACGUAAAAAGUAUUAGUGUCGGAACACUCCUUUUGUAUGUUAUUUUAGCAAUAUGCUUAUGUAUCAUGUUACUUUAUAAGUUCCCCCCUUUACGUCUUUUUCGUCAAAUUCCGCACUCCGCUGAAUUUGAACUAAAGGAGGGAGGAGUUAUGUCUGGACAACAGGCAGGUCUGGCGCUUGCCCAUGCAGUAGGUCUGGCACCCGUGAGCUUCACUCGCGGAUGCAGAAUCGCUGAGUCUGCGUAGAGUUCCCAGAACAGGCCACCUGCACAUACCGUGCGUGGGAACGCAAGCCGAGCGGCCAGUCCACACAUCGACUCGAUAGUAAUAAGUCUAGUACUAAGUUAAUAUUAAGCUUCAAUUGUGGAAGCACUAUUUUUAAUUAAAGCCUCUAUAGAAGAAAGCUCUUUAAUUAACAUCACGCUCCUCCAAAUUUGACUAGAUAGUGAUGUGUAUUGUUUAUUGUAUAUCAUUAUAAGAAAACGGAUGUCAUUUCAUAACUUUUUCAUUUAAAAUUAUGUGUAGUUUUUUUUAUAAAAUAUUAUUCAAAAUAUAUUAACUAUAUGUAAUUGUUUUAAGCUUAUUAAUCAAAUUUAUUUUCGUUAAUUUAAGAACAACCUAAUCAUAAUUAUUAUUAAGUGUGAAAUGACUAGUGAUUUAUACCCUCAUUUUUAAUUUGUUUGUUGGUAAACAGUAUUCCUCAAGUAUGGCUUUAGUAUAGGUACAUACGUUACCCGUUAUUAGCUAAUACUUAGAGAGGAGAUUAUCAAUGUUCUACGUUUUUAAAAUAUGUUUAAUUGCUAUGAUCUCCAUAACAGCACCGUAGUGUCGUACUGUCAUUAAGUUUUUUAAGUGCAAAAGCUACAAAAUGCGACCUCUAAGACGAUGAGGACGAAAAGCGUUUCUAAGAGUGUCUCCUCUAUGAUAAGUUUGUAAGCAUUGCUUGGCGGCAUAAAUAAGCAUGACUCUAGUACUCUUUCACAAAAAGCUCUUAUUUCUACUAAGUUAGUGAUUUAGCGUUCCGGUACAACGUCGUGGAGAAACCGAAAGGGGUGUGGAUUUUCACCCUACUUCUAACAAAUUAGUCCGCUUCUUAGAUUGCAUCAUCACUUACUAUCAGGUGGGAUUGUAGUCUAGGGUUAACUUGUAGGGAAUAAAAAAAAGUACUAAGUACUUGUAAUAUAUGUAGUACGUACAUCACUUAAGCUACCCGUUAUUAGCUCAUACGUACUCGUAUCAUGAAACCGUUAAACCCAGUUGUAGCACUAAGCUAAUGACUAUUUGUUGAAAAACAAUCUAUAUUAAUAUUAUAAAUGUAAAAGUAAUUCUGUCCGUGUGUUACGUUUUCAAGUCUACGCUGAACGAAUUGUGUUGAAUUUUAGUUCAGUUUGCAUCCUGGAAAAGCAAAAGGCUACCUUUUAUCUUUCUGUUUUUUUUUAACAAUAAUCUUAUAUAUUUUUAUUAACACCUAAGAGAGCUCAUAGUAACAUAAUUAUAUAAUCUAGGUAUGUCUUGCACGUCCAGUAGUUAGCUUCUUCGGUUCCUUAUAUAUGGUGCAGAGUUUGAGUCCCGGGACAGGUCAAUAAAGAAAUAAUUCGUUGAGUUUUUAAGACAAACUCAAUAGCUACUUUAAGUUGUGAAGUUGUCGGCGCUUGCGGCGGUUGUUGAACCCUUGUAUUUCCACAUUGAAGCCUAAAGUUCUGAACCUGAUCUCUCUCCAGUCUUGCCAGUGUGCAGUCCCAUACGACUCGUGAACAAUAAUUAGUUAGAGUAUAGAAUGUGCACAUAUGUUAGCACACACAUAAUUGUGCACUAAAACAUUUACUUGUGUGAUUGAGCUAGUGUAUCUCAAGAUUGCUGGCUGGGUUGCGGUAGUUUACGAAAUAUUCCCGUGGCUCAGUCAUCAGGCGGCGAGUCGGAACACCGUGGGGUUUUAGUCGGUUGAAGUCCGACUUAACCUUCUUGCCUCCCCGUGGCGAGAAGGUAUCCAUGAGGAUUUCCCCAUUUAAAAAAAAAAAAAGUGUAUCUCAAGAUUAGACCAGCCGUUGCCGAAAAUCGGUUGGUAGAACAUACUUGUUAUGAUGUAAAAAUUAUUGAAUUAACGCGGUCGUAGUCGAAGGAAAAGCUUGUAUGCAAGCAAGUAUCUAGAGCAAAGUACAGUGGCCGUGUGAACGAAGUGUAACACGUAAGUUAUAGUAAUUUACUUUCCUCGAGGUGAUUUGAAGCGAAGAUAUGUAGGACGACCUUGACAUCGUGAACCUGUUUAAUGAGGUAUUGUAACCUAUUAUUAUAAAUUAUAACCUUCGUUUGGACGUACGUAUUUUAAAUGUUUUAGUAGUUUUAAUUAAUAGGUUACCGUAAGACGUCGUUAAGUUGAAAGUAAUUAACUAUCUAAUAUGUUUGUCAUAUAUGAGGCAACGCUAAGUCAAUUGUAAGUAUUUGUUUUGUCGCAAAGAGAUAUGAAAUAAGAGUCAAUUAUUUAAUGUGUAUAAGUAUAAAAUCAAGCAUAAGUAAACUUUACUUAAUUGUUGAUUUUGUGAUCUAAUGUAUAAAAUACUACCAAAGUCAUUAAAAAUUUUACUUCCUUGUAAAAGUCUAAUAAGUUCCUAAGUAGGUAGGUACUAGGUACGUCCUAUGUACAUUUUCCUUCAAAUGCUCAGUUAUUUUUAGCCAAUGGAAACCUUGGGGUAAACUUAACAUUUAUAGCAAAAGGAAUUUAGGGUAGAUAAGGCGGUACUGCUGGCUCAACCAAAAUAAAAAAUGAAUUAUGUGACCCAUAAAGAACUUCAUCAACUCAAGGUCUUUUAGACAUGUACAUCGAAGUAAACCUUAUUAUAUCUAUACAAUUACUAAACUAAUGAAUUGUUAAUUAUUAAUAUUAUAUAAUUAAUUAAUAUUUGAUAUUGAAGUACUUAUUAUGUAGGCAAUCUAUCAUAGUCAUCUUCCGUUAACAAUUAUUAAUUAAAUUAUUAACACUUCAUUCACAAUCUCAAUACAUCGGAACCGGAGCAGACAAUUUAGGUAAAUAUUUACUGCUAGCCACUCAACAUCCAAUAAGCUUUUGGUAUGGUGAGUGGCUAGCAUAAUAUGACUGUCAACGUCUAAGGCUUUAUUCGCACGAGAUUUAAAAAAGCGAUGCGUUAAAACCUAGCGUUGGCGCUUUUGAUAAAGUUUUUAAUUUACUAAAUUCAUGGUCUACUUCCAACGCCCAAAAUUGAAAAUGCAAAACUACUCGAUAAAAAACGUCGUGUUUUAAAAACACUGCCGUGUAAACACAUACUUGGGAAUGUAUUUGUCGUAUUUGAACGCUUUUUUGACGUCCGAUAAAAAAGCUUUCGUGCGAAUGAGGACUAAAAGCUCAGACUCUGGGUAACUCAUAAUAAUAUUAAUAAUAAUUAAGUAAAUAAAUUAUUAUUACUUAGCGAUUUGAAUGAAUGAACGAAUAAUAUUCUAUUAAUUAAAAUGUAGGUUGAAUAUGAUAUACAGUUAAAAUGAGCCUUAUACAUUUUACCGUAUUUGGUGUAUGAAUAUUAACCUACAAAAACACUUUGAUAGAGUAAGUUUAAGCUGUACUAGAAUAAGUAUUUAAAUUGAAUAACAUGAAAUAUAAACGGCGUGGAAGCCUUACAACAUGCUCUCGCACGUAACAAUCGCGGGGUUUUAAACACAAGUAAUCGUAUUAUACGAGGUCAACCCUUUAGAUUUAGAAUUCUAGUAGACCGACAAACAUUUAUUAUAGACUUAUUAAAGACCACAUUUCUCAUAGACCGUUUGGUGGCGAAGCAAUAUAGAGAGAGAAGUCGUAGAGAGUUAUUGUUCUAUGCAUUUAAAAAAAAUCUGUUAAUUAAAUAUUUUUUUUUUAGAUCUUGACAGUAGUAGGUACCACAUCCACCUCUUCUCUUCUGUUUCUGCUUUCGGGCACCAUCAGGCGAUGAUUCUGCGCUCGCCCAAACCCCCCGGUGGCGCCGCUGAGGUUCCAUUAAGGAGCCUACAGCACUUACACAAUUAGAAAGAAAGCACCUAAUCCGAACGAAUCAAACAGUAACUAUAUCCACAAAAUUUCAUUGAAAUUAGUUCCUCAUAUAUUUUUUAAAUUAUUUUGCGAAAAUGAAACAUCGUUUAGAUACCGUCUGAUUGUUGAAGUUAUUUUUUCGAACUCUCGCUUUUUUCCCCAUUUCCCAACGAGAGUAAAAACCCGACACAGACCUUAAUUACUUGCGGGGGGAAAAAAAUAAUCAAGGACAACGGUGAUUUGCGGAGCCAUUGUUCCACGUUGUGAAAUAAUACACAGGUAGAUUACUACCAGAGUACUACCUUUGUGCAUUUUGAUAAUGUACCAACGCUGUUAUCAAUUUUGAAUAUGAAAAUCAUGAGGUUUUUGAGUAAAAAACCCUUUUAUAAAAAAGCCAAAACGUGGUCAAAUUUUGUUCCCACAAGAAACUUGAAAUGUUAACAUUUUUAUUGUUGCUUUUGUUGUGAUUUGUAAUGGUGGACGCCUGUGACUUCGGCUGUGCUGUUAGUUUUCUGAUAAAAUUCUUUUCAUUGCGUCAUAUACUGUGGAAUGAAACGUAUUUGUUACUCUAGGUUAAAGUUUGCGGAGAAUUACUAAGUAAUGUAAAUCUCAUGAACUUCUCUCAUUAAGUAAGUAACGAUUUUAAUGUAAUAAUAAAUUGCCUAUCUCUCUUUUAUUCGUAUUUUUAUCGGUCCUCAGAUAUCUUUUUGGGUUCUGACAAACCAAAAUGAUAAUAAUCGAUACCAUUAAUGAGAACCUUUUUUGUAUUACCACAGAAAACAUAUAUGUACAAGUAUUACUACGAUUUCUUUAAUCGUUCGAUACAGCGUCUCUAUGUUUCUACAGCAAUGUGAGUAGUUAGUAUUAAACUUCAAUUCAAAGGCUUUAGAAAAUUAAGUGUGCUUUUUCGUAGUGAAAUUGAAUAUUACCCAUUAAUCCACCAUAGGUAUAUUUCAAACAUGUCCUUGCCUCUUCAAUUAAGCUAAUGGCGUGUAGGUGUGAUAAUAUGCGAUGUGUAUUUUUGUAAUAUUCCAAUCAUCACGAAUUUGAACCUAAACCCUAAUCAAUUAAACUACUGACGCGUUAUAGUGUGUAAAACUGUGAGGCGUUCAUUCAUAAACGAUAAUUACGCCCGGGCGGUGAUUACGGCGUUGAAUAUUUAAAAAUUGGGGCGUAGUGACCAGUACGCCCUAAUUCAGGUCAUUGGUCAAGGUCCUACACGCUGGUGAGUGGUGGAGUGGACAUAUUAUUAGGGUGCAUUUUCAUUGGUCGGUUAAUCGCUUAUUGAAAUGCCUCCAAUUCCGAAGUGUGUGGGUUCGAAGGACAUGCACCUCCAACUUUUUAGUUGUGUGCAUUUUAAGAAAUUAAAUUUCACGUGUCUCAAACGGUAAAGGAAAAACAUUGUGAGGACCUGCAUACCAGAGAAUUUUCUGCGUGUAUGAAGUCUGCCAAUCCGCAUUGAGCCAGCGUGGUAGACUAUUGGCCUAACUCCUCUCAUUCUGAGAAGAGAUUCGAGCUCAGCAGUAUGCCGAAUAUGGAUUGAUAAUGAUGAUGAUGAAUGCUUAAAGGGGUUUCCCCGUAGGCUGCGUAACAAUUAAUUUGUUGCAUAAGGUAGUUGUGCUUGACCACUAUACAUAUAUUGACCUCAUGGUCAGAAGUCUAAGAUGGAAUGCGCUUGUAUUGACCAUUAUUCUCGACUUAAACUCAACUAUACACAAGUUAUUAGAAUCAGGAAACAUACCGACAGUCAGAACUCGGAAGCAUUCCGUAGCCUAUGUAUAUAUGUUUGUGAGAAAUGAAGACUCAAACAGCUUUUUACAAGUCUGAAAGACAUUAAAUGUUAAAGUAAAACUUAUCUUUUUAUUUCAAUUUACUAAAAUGAUCUUUGACCCAUUUAUUACAUUUGAUAGCUUAUUAUCUAAUUGUUUGAUAACAUUUUACAUUAUUGUAGUGAUUGUAAUAAAUGUUAACUUUAAACUCAAGUUUCAAAACGCGCCAGGUCUGAGAAGUAAACUACAUCAUCAUCUCCUUACCCUUAUCCCACUUAAGUGAGGUCGGAAAAAUAUGUCAAUCUUUUCCAUUCGUCACUAUUACUCGUCAACUCAUCAUCCACUUUUUACACACAUGUCCUCUUUCACACAAUCCAACCAUCUCUUCUUUGGCCUUCCUCUCCUCUUAUGUCCUUCCACUUGCACAUUCAACAUUUUUCUAGUAAUAUGACUUUCCUCCCUACACAUGUCCAUACCAAGCUAACCUUCUACUCCUCAAUUUUUCUGUCACUGGCGCCACCUUCAGACUUCCUCUUAUAAACUCAUUCCUUAUUUUAUCUAUUCUUGUCACACCACACAUUCAUCUCAACAUAUGCAUUUCGUUCACAUGCAUUCGUUUACUAUCCGUCCCUUUCACCGCCCAACAUUCUGAUCCAUACAGCACGACAGGUCUUACAACCGAGAAGUAAACUACAUAACCUAGUAAAUAACUUAGAUACCUUUAUUUUCAUAUCAGUUUUUCACUAUCAUACUAACGAAGUCCAGUCUAAGGAUGAACUCAUAAGUAACCUACCUUCUAGUAAGCUUUUAGGAAAAUUCGUAAAAUUUCCGCACACCAAAUGUUUUUCCUAUAGCCCAAUGAAAAUGCGCCCUUAGGUACUAUCGACAAUCGGUUACCGGUAAAGUGACUAAAAAAUUCACCGAACACGCUAUUCGUAAUGCCCCGAGCUGUCAUUUUGUUUUGAAAUCACUAAUGUGAGCUUUGUUUUAUGAUAUUUUAUAUACAUAUAUUACGUUGACAAAACUAAGGUGUUAUUACAGGAUAAAUGUUUAUAGAGAGGAUACGAAGCACAAACCCACCACGUUGUAAUGCGGGCUAGCAGGGUUCAGGUUAUUGUAAAACUAGCUGACCGCCGCGCGGUUUCACCCGCGUGGUUCCCAUUCCCGUUGGAAUACGGGGAUAAAAAAUCCAAGAUGGAAGCGGGCUAACGUGUUAGGAGGAGGAUGAAAAUCCACAUCUCUUUCGGGUUCUACACGAAAUCGUACUGAAAUCGCUUGGAGGUACGUCUUUGCCGGUAUGGUAACUAACUAGUCACGGCCGAUACCGUCAGCUAUGCAAGCUGUUUACAUCCCGGGGUUGCAAAACAAGGUUAUAAGAUAACCCAGAGUCUAGAGCCAGAGGUAGGUUCUGUGGCAGCUCGCGGCCUUACCACAAGCUCUUAAAUCCGUAGCAAGUCCGUAAUGUUUCGACAUUUCGUAGCCUGACGGCCAUUAAACAGGAUUCUUUCGUAUAGCGAUGUUGGACGUCAGCGAAUCCUUUCUCAAUAAAAGUGGUAAAGGAGCCGCACUCAUCACUGAGGGGCAGUCGUUCAAUCUUCGCCCGCUGCCGAUGAUAUUGUCCUACCCACUCCUAACAUAGUCUUUUUUUUGACUAGUUGGAGGGGAACGGGAACAUUGGUAAUAUUUAAAAGAUACAUAGCAAAUAUUCUUGUAAAAAAAAAUAGUACCACUUACUGAGGUAACAUUAUUUACACCCAUAAAUAAGAUGGAUAGAUGAUAGUUUUGUAAAAGGUUGUGGUACGCACCCUGAGCCUACUCGUACAAUCCAAGACAUACCUACCUACUUUACGAGUAGAUUUAAAUAAAAGUGUCCCACAAUCACUUGAAUACUUUUACAGUACAUUACACUCGCGCAUACAUCGGGUGGCUUGCUUAUAAAACCAUCCACGCCCAUAUAAAGACAGCCAGUUCUGCGUGAUUCGUUGCAUUCGUUUCCAAUAGCGAAGUCCCAGUGUGAGUGAGGAGUACUGUGUGACUCAUUAAGUGGCAAUUAUGUUUGUUCCGCACGUCAGCAACAACUUAUAGUAGGGGAGCCGAAGAGGGGAUUUUUGGAUUUACUUGGUCGCGGCAGAUGUAUGAGACCGUAAUAUUGCUACGUUUAAUUUUAGGGCAACCAAAAAAAAACUUCAGAAGUACUUCAAUAUUUUUUUUUAAACCUGCAUAAGGAAUUUAAUAAGAUAAUAGCAAAGCAAUGUGCAUUUCGAAAAUCUAACGAUUUGAUCGUAACGUUAGAGAAUGUGCAAUCCAAAGUUACAAAUACAAAUGUAUUUCUAUUCUCGAAUCACAACCACAAUUAAUUGUUUGAAGGAAAUAAUCACCGGUGAUGAUUAUUUAUAGUACAUCAUAUAAUCGGUGGUAUUAUUUAGCGAUUUCAUUAAGCCGAAGUAAUAAAAAAAUAGUCUAGCUUUUUUCCCCUCUUUAUUCUUUCUAUCAUCUAAUCUACCAAAUCUAAUCGGCGACCCACCCCAUGAUGCUUUAGUAACUGCAACUUUAUCAUCCCGGGCUCCCCUACUAUAAUGUUUGUUCCGCACGUCAGCAACAACUUACACUCACGUCAACAACGCCGCAGCAAUAAACAAUUUCACUGGCAUACCGACGCACGAUGGCCAUUCUCCACACUCCACUUGCAAUCUGAACUAUUA